UGGACUUGGCUUCUCCUCUCUACCCUUCCCAUCCACUUCUCAUUUCUCUCUACUUCUCACGACAGUACCAGAGAGAGUGAGACCGAGGGAGCGAAGCGAGAGCGCAGAGGAGAAGUGCGAAAGUCGAAGGAGGGAGUAUUUGCCACAUGCAAACCGAUCUUUGAGCUAAAGCAUCAAAAGUGGUGGGGAGUUUGACUGAGAGGUUGCAGACAUUAAAGCUUUUCACAUACAGAUAAGAAAUUGCAGAUGUACAAAAAUCUGCCUAUCGAAUCCUUGCAUACUGCUAUGAUUGAUAGAGCAUCAUGAAACACAUUUCUAGCUGGAAAAAAAGAGUGCUAUCUGUUAAUGAUCUUUCCAGCAUAGAAGCUUUUGGAUGCCACGGGAUGCAGGUUGCCUAGCUGACGAAAAUAUGGGAUAUGAGAAUUCUUCCAGAAUUGAACUAAAGCGUGGUCAUCAGUGGUUUUUGGAAACAGGUGAACCAGAAAUUAUCAACAAUAAGAAGCAAGCUGUAGAAGCUGUUGGUGGCAGGCCAGUUUCAGGGGUUUCACAUUUGGAUGUAUCUCCCUGGGACACCAAUUUUGGGUUUCACUCAGUUACGGGUCAAUUUUCUGACCGCCUCUUUGGAUCUGAGCCGGUAAGGACUUUCAAUUUGGCUGGUAAGAACAUGCCAUCAAUUGGAAGUGGAAAUCUGAAUAUGGGAAGGAAGGAUUUUGAGAACAAUUAUGGAAAUGAUCCAUCCGUGGGGCUGUCAAUAUCUCAUGCCAUUGAUGACCCUUCAUCUUGUCUCAAUUUUGGUGGCGUCAGAAAAGUUAAAGUUAAUCAAGUUAGAGAUGCUAACAAUUGCAUGUCUGCAUCUAUGGGGCACUCCUAUAGUAGGGCAGAUGAUAGUGCGAUUUCAAUGGUUGCUGGUUACGGUAAGAAUGCUGGGAAUAUAUCAUUAGGUCAGACUUACAACAACGUAAAUGAGAAUGUUGUCUCUGCGGGUACUGCUAUGACUAAGGCCGAUGACAAUCUUCGUUCAAUGGGUCAUGCUUUCAAUAAAGGGGAUGGAAGUUUUAUGCUGAUGGGCCACAGUUAUGGCAAGGGAGAUGAAAGCGCCUUAUCAAUGGGUCAGCCCUUUGACAGGGGAGAUGGAAAUUUCAUAUCAAUAGGUCAGUCAUAUGACAAGGAGGAUGGCAAUUUGAUAUCACUGGGCAACUCAUAUAACAAGGGGCAUGAUAGCUUUAUGUCAAUGGGCCCAACCUACAGUAAAUCAGGAGAAAAUUUCAUUUCAGUUGCACCUUCCUAUGACAAGGGAACUGAUCAUAUCGUGUCUGUGGGUCCGACAUAUGACAAGGUGGAUUCAAACCUGGCAUCAACAAACUCUUCAUAUGAUAAAGGAGUUUCCAACUCUUUACCUAUGGGUCACAACUUCAAUAAGAAUGAGGGUUGUACCAUAUCUUUUGGAGGCUUUAAUGAUGAUCCAGACCCAAAUCCCUCUGCUGGGAUCAUUAGUGGCUAUGAUUUGUUGAUGGGCAACCAGAACUCUGCUCAUGGUUUGGAUGGCCAGAAAGAUCUAGUCGAGUCAAACUCUGAACCAGUUGUAAAUAGCAAUCCAAAAUCUAAUUCUAAAACUGAUAAUGUCCUUAAGAGUAAGGAGCCGAAGGCAAGGAGGGUUCCUUCUAAUAACUUCCCUUCAAAUGUCAAAAGUCUGCUGUCAACUGGAAUUUUUGAUGGUGUUCCUGUAAAGUAUGUUUCUUGGUCACGGGAGAAACAUCUGAAAGGAGUCAUAAAAGGGACUGGGUAUUUGUGCUCCUGUAAUGAAUGCAAGGAGUCCAAGGCUCUUAACGCAUAUGAGUUUGAGCGUCAUGCGGGUGCCAAGACCAAACACCCAAACAAUCACAUUUACUUUGAGAAUGGGAAAACCAUCUAUGCUGCUGUUCAAGAGCUGAAGAACACACCUCAGGAGAUGCUUUUUGAUGCAAUUCAAACUGUUACUGGAUCUACCAUCAACCAAAAGAAUUUCCGAGUCUGGAAAGCAUCAUACCAAGCUGCUACCCGGGAACUUCAGCGUAUAUAUGGAAAAGAUGAAGUGGUCAUCCCAACUUAAACUUGGUUUCUGCUUCUCAAGAAAUUCAGGACGAUGGUAGUUAAGUGAUAUGUUCAUGGUGCAUAGAAACUUAGCGGUUAUUUGGACUAUGUCUGCAUGAAAAUAUCAAGUUUAAGCGGAUGCAUUCUUGUAGGAUCUUACUUUCUAUUUACGGUAAUGAAGAUCUUCUUUAAGGUUUUUGUUUCA